AUGCAUGUUACUAAACAAUGGUCUCAUAGAAAAUUUGAAGCACCUCGUCAUGGUCAUUUAGGUUUUGGACCUCGUAAGAGAACCAGAUCUCAUCGUGGUCGUGUUAAGGCUUACCCCAAGGAUAACUCUAAGCUUCCUGUUCACUUGACUGCCUUCAUGGGUUACAAAGCUGGCAUGACACAUAUUGUUCGUGAUCUUGAACGUCCUGGAUCCAAGAUGCAUAAGAAAGAAAUUGUUGAAGCCGUUACUGUUAUCGAAUCUCCCCCUAUGGUCAUUGUUGGUAUGGUUGGCUAUGUUGAAACCCCUCGUGGUCUUCGUUCGUUAACCACCGUUUGGGCUGAACAUCUCUCUGAAGAAGCUAAGCGUCGAUUCUAUAAGAACUGGUACCGUUCCAAGAAGAAGGCCUUCACUAAAUAUGCUCAAAAGUAUGCUGAAGGCGCUAAAGACAUUGCUCGUGAAACUGAACGUAUCAAGAAAUACUGUUCUGUUGUCCGUGUCAUUGCUCAUACACAAAUCUCUAAAGCCAAACUUCAUCAACGCAAGGCUCACAUUAUGGAAAUUCAAUUAAAUGGUGGUUCUGUGGCAGAUAAAGUGGAAUGGGCACGUGAUCAUUUUGAAAAGGAGGUUAAUGUAGGUUCAGUGUUUGAACAAGAUGAGAUGAUUGAUAUUAUUGCAACCACUAAAGGUCAUGGUUUUGAAGGUGUUACACAUCGUUGGGGUACUAAGAAGUUACCUCGUAAGACACAUCGUGGUUUGCGUAAGGUUGCUUGUAUUGGUGCCUGGCAUCCUAGUAGAGUAAUGUACUCUGUUGCUCGUGCUGGUCAACGAGGUUAUCACCGUCGUACUGAAAUUAAUAAAAAGAUUUACCGUAUUGCUCAUGGUGCUGAUGCCAAGUCAGGUACUACUGAAUAUGACUUGACUGAGAAGCCUAUCACUCCUAUGGGUGGCUUCCCUCAUUAUGGUAUUGUAAAUGAAGACUUUGUGAUGAUCAAGGGUUGUUGUGCUGGUGCCAAGAAACGUGUUAUCACUCUUCGUAAGUCCCUUACCGUUCACACUAAGCGUUCUGCUCUCGAAAAGGUGUCUCUUAAAUUCAUCGAUACCUCUUCCAAGUUUGGUCAUGGUCGUUUCCAAACUGCUGCCGAAAAGCAUCAAUUUAUGGGUACUCUUAAGAAAGAUCUCUAA